GAGAUCAGGGGUUAUAAUUACCGGGAGCAUCAUUUGGAGGAAGAAGACGAUAAUCCUUGUGUGGAACUCGACGACGUCAUUAUAAAUGGAUUCAUCUACAGACCCAUUUCUCCUGACGGUGAAGGGGACGCCUACAACGUUCUCAAGGCGAUGGGUUUAAAAGUCUUCACAAGCACCAAGGUCCAGAAGCCCAGACUCUGCAUGGAGAGAAUGUACAGUAGAACAUAUGUACCUCCCGUGGCUGCUGGACUGAUGGAUUUCUCCCAUUUCGAGCGCAUCCCCGAUCAUUUGGAUCACAUCAUAGAUCAUGGCCCAGUGGAGACCAUCCGGAAGUAUUUCCCUGAGACGUGGAUUUGGGAUUUAGUUCCAGUGAAGUCUGUCGGAAGUGCUGAUUUGGAUGUGACCAUCCCCGACACCAUCACAGAAUGGAAAGCCAACGCGUUCUGCACUUCAAGUGAUACUGGCUUUGGCCUGUCCCCGACCGUGUCCCUCAGAGCCUUCCAGCCCUUCUUCGUGGAGCUCACCCUGCCUUACUCCGUGGUGCGCGGCGAGGCCUUCACGCUAAGGGCCACUGUCUUCAACUACCUGACCCGCUGCAUCAGGGUCAGCAUCUCACUGGCUCCAUCUGAUGACUUCCGGGCUACCCCUGUGGAGAAGGAAGAAGAAUCUUAUUGUCUGUGUGUGAACGGACGGAAAACAAUGUCUUGGGCUGUGACCCCAAAAUCUCUGGGUAAUGUGGAUUUCUCAGUGAGCGCUGAGGCCCUGAAGACAGAUCUGCCCUGCGGGAACGAGGUAGUGGAGACCCUGGACAAAGGGCGGAAGGACACAGUGAUCAAACAGCUGUUAGUAGAGCCUGAAGGGUAUGAGAAGGAAACGACCUACAACUUCCUGCUCUGUGCAGCUGGAAAGACAGCGCCGCAGCCAAUGUCCCUGAAGCUCCCAGAGAACGUGGUGCAGGGCUCGGCCAGAGCCUAUUUCUCAGUGCUGGGCGAUAUCCUGGGCACAGCCAUGCAGAACCUGCAGCAGCUCCUCCAGAUGCCCUUCGGCUGUGGGGAGCAGAACAUGGUCCUGUUUGCCCCCAACAUCUACGUCCUGGACUAUCUGAAUAAGACGGGGCAGCUGAGCGAGGAGACCAAAUCCAAGGCCAUUGGAUACUUAGUCAGCGGUUACCAGACACAGCUGAAUUACAAACACCGGGACGGCUCCUACAGCACUUUUGGGCCACGUUAUGGGCAAUCAGGGAACACCUGGCUGACAGCCUUCGUCCUCAAGUCCUUCGCGCAGGCCCGCUCUCACAUCUUCAUCGAGGAGAAGCACAUCCAGGACGCCCUGGCCUGGCUCGCUGGCAAGCAGAAGGAAAACGGCUGCUUCCGCAGCUCCGGGACGCUCCUGAACAAUGCCAUAAAGGGCGGGGUGGACGAUGAGGUCACGCUGUCUGCCUACAUCACCAUCGCGCUGCUGGAGAUUCCUCUGCCCGUCACUCACUCUGUGGUCCGUAAUGCUCUGUUCUGUCUGGAGACGGCCGCAGAGCAGGGAGGAAACCAUGUGUACACCAGGGCGCUACUGGCCUACGCCUUCGCCCUGGCGGGGAAGGAGAAGCGCAGGGCACUGCUAGACUCGCUUGACAAGGAAGCUGUGAAAGAGGAUGGCUCCAUUCACUGGCAGAGGCCUGGGAAGGAGCCGAAAGCCGAUCUCCCCUUCUUUCACCCCCGUGCUCCUUCCGCCGAGGUGGAGAUGACGUCCUACGUGCUCCUCGCUUAUCUCACCACUCAGCCGUGGCCAUCCCAAGACGACCUGUCAUUAGCAGUUCAAAUUGCAAAGUGGAUCAGCAAGCAGCAGAAUCCCAACGGGGGCUUCUCCUCCACCCAGGACACAGUGGUGGCGCUCCAGGCCCUGUCCCGAUACGGAGCUUCCACCUAUGCCAAGAGCGGAGGAGCGUCCACAGUGACCCUGCAAUCCACAGGGAAUUUCCAGGCCCAGUUCCAGGUGGAUCAUACGAACCGUCUGCUGCUCCAGCGUGUGGCACUGCCAGAGGUGCCAGGGGACUACAGCACGGGGGUGACAGGAGAAGGAUGUGUCUACGUGCAGACCAGCCUGAGGUACAACGUGCUCCCCAAGCCAGGCGAGGCGCCAUUCGCUCUGGAGGUGCACACAGUCCCCAAGACAUGUGACAGCCCCAGGGCCCAGAGGACCUUUGACAUCUCCAUAAACAUCAGUUACACAGGGAAACGCCCCAUCUCCAACAUGGUCAUCGUUGACGUUAAGAUGCUGUCAGGAUUCAUCCCUGUGAAGACAUCAGUGAGGAAGCUGGAAGGACAUCACCACAUCCACCGCACAGAACUGAGCACCAACCACGUGCUGCUCUACAUGGAGCAGGUGAGCAAUGUGACUCAGAGCUUCUCCUUUGCGGUGGAGCAGGACUUCCCCGUGCAGAGCCUGAAGCCGGCACUGGUGAAAGUCUACGAUUACUAUGAGACGGAUGAAUUUGCCAUCGCUGAGUACAGCGCCCCCUGCAGCAAAGUGGGAGCCGAGCAGAGCAACGUAUGAGGGAUGGAGUCAUGUUCCCAGCCUCCCGCGUCCCACCUGCUUAGCCCCUGCACAGGCUGAGGUGGAUGGAUGGAGCGACAGAGAAAACAGCAGUAAAAAGAGGGAAACAAACAUUACAAAUAAAUGAAUUCACCAACCUGA